ACAAUGCAGCUCAACGUACGUAUAGUAGUGUAGUUCAAAUCUUCACAUCAAAAUAUUGGAGUUAGUCGCGAGGACGACAGCUCUGUGGAUUACCGUCUUUGUUAUCCUAUCUCCAUACAGUAUAAGGAUAAUACAGCAUGUUGGGUAGGAAGCACAAUAUAUUAGGAGUAUUUUCUCCGCAUCAUGGAAAUCAUCAUACGGAUAAGGAAUCUAAAGUUGGAAAAGAGAGAGAGACCUUUGAGAAGUCAUACACAGUUGGACCAGUUUUAGGAAGUGGAGGUUUUGGAACAGUGUACGCUGGAACAAGGAGAAAAGACGGAUUACCUGUGGCAAUCAAACACGUCUUGAGGCAGAAAGUUACAGAAUGGGGACAGCUAAAUGGACAAUUAUUACCCAUGGAAAUCUGUUUAAUGAGGAAAGUUUCACAUAUACCAGGAGUUGUAAGACUAAUAGAAUAUUAUGAAAGGACAGAUAGUUUUAUCAUUAUUAUGGAAAGGCCAGAGCCUGUUAAAGACUUGUUUGACUACAUCACAGAAAAAGGUGCUCUUAGCGAAGAACUAAGCAAAGACUUCAUGAGACAAGUUGUGGAGACUGUGAUAAACGUACACAAAGCUGGAGUAGUUCACAGAGACAUUAAGGAUGAGAAUAUUUUAGUAGAUCUCAGGACUGGGCAGCUGAAGCUCAUAGACUUUGGCUCUGGUGCCAUUCUCAAGGAUACCGUGUACAUUGAUUUUGAUGGGACACGCGUGUACAGCCCCCCUGAGUGGAUCCGCUGCCACAGAUAUCAUGGGCGUUCUGCGACUGUCUGGUCACUGGGUAUACUGCUCUUUGACAUGGUCUGCGGCGAUAUCCCAUUCCAAGAAGACGACCAAAUCGCCAAGGCCGAACUGACUUUCAAGGGUCGCUUGUCAUCAGAUGUUAAAGAUCUCAUCCGUAGAUGUCUGUCCAUUCGUCCAUGUGAUCGGCCAUCUCUAGAAGAAAUUCUGUCCCAUCCGUGGCUAGCACAAUCAGAGAGUGACUCUAUUGACAAACUGUCCUCAUCAGUUGAAUCGACAGGCUCUCUGGGUACCCCCAUUCCACAGCCCAUCCAGGUGGACCAGUCCUCGGACGGGUCAUCUCUGUCCAGCCAGGGGAGUGUAUGACCGCUGUCAGGCCUUGCAUCAGCGUGCAGAAUCCUGUUUUAACAACAUGUUGACAGCCGAGAGGACUUGUGCAAUAUAUAUUCCUCCUUGUGGACAUAUGCAAUGAUCAAUGCAGUGUGAGAGAGAAAGAGACAUGUGUUUGUAUAUUUAUGACGUUGUCCUGAAACUCUCCCGGAGGCACAGGUAGAACCGCUCUUGCCUCCAUUCCAGAGAGACCUCUGUUUUACAAUGUGAACUAUCCCAAGCCUCACCAGUUGUGACGACAAAGCUCUCCCAUGAGAUGCGCAAAUGAGAACAUUUUACUUGAAUCCAUCAUAACAGAAUGACAUGAAAAGUACUGUUUUCACUUGCUCAAUUUGCUCACGAUCUUCGGUGCUACUAUAAUAUUAACACGCUAGCACGCGUGCGUCUUGUGUGUGUGUGUGUGUGUGCACAGUUGUUUGUCAACGACGUCGUCAGUAAUCUGGAGACUAAAACAGCAAUGUCAGUCAAUGCAAACUGUACAAUAGUUAAUUCUUGUAUGUUUUACAAAUUCACUGGGUUUGUUACACGUUUUCCUGUUUCUUAUGUGGAGUAAAAGAACCUAUUAUUGUCAUCCAAUACUUUCUUAAUGUCACUGGAGGGAACUUUGUCCAUGGAAUUAUUUAUUUUAUCAGAAUUCAUUCAUCGUCAUAUUAAUUGCAUACCUUCCAUGGACAGAGCUCUCCCAGUUUUUAUUUUCAUCAAGCAAAAGUGAGGGAGUUUGUUUUGUCGUUUACCUGUUGUGAGACCUUAAUUUAUUAAAUGUGUCAAAAUUUAUGUUAAGAUAAUUUAUUGAUAUAUGUUUAUUUGUCAAACCUAAAAGGGAGACGAGACAACAUUGUCAAGCACUCAUUCUCCCAAUUGAUUGGCCAAAGUGAUUUUAAUGGUAAACGUCUAUGUAAAAUUGUAAUGUGAAGGUCAGACACAUGCUGUAGAAAUGCUUACUAUGUUAUUUAUUGUCGGGACUGAGUAAUUUAAGUUAGUUAAACAAGUUGCAAAGUAGUUAUUGGAUUUAGUGUUUUUUGUAGAUAGAACUUUUUAUGGAGUUGACUUGUAGUUUGACUUUCAAUUAGUUCAGAGACAUCUAGUCAGUGUAAUGUCAACAAUGUGGACUAACGUGUAUAUAAGAGAAGACACUAUUUUUUUAGUAAAACAGAUGAAAAAAUGACAUCCAAAAUUAAGGAAAUAAAAUAUGUUGAAAAAUAA